GCCCCUUUCAGGCACCCAGCGAUAGGAGGGCACGUGCUGCGUUCCAGGCAGCCCUUGGCUCUGGGAAACGGACUCUCUCCACGGGCUGAAGGAUACCUUGCAGCUGGGCAGACAUGGACACAGACUCUGAGCGGCCCCUGAACAGGAGAGUCAAGGCAACUCUGGAACACUACUACUUCCUCUGCAGUAAGACAGUCAAGUUCAUCCCCCUGCAGCAGCAGUGUAAUGGGCAGGACGAUUGCUCCUGGGGAGAGGAUGAGGAGAACUGUGUGCAGCAGGUCCCAGAAGGCCCACCCGUGGAAGUCCGCAUUUCCAAAGACAGAUCCACCUUGCAGGUGCUAAACAAAGAGACUGGAGCCUGGUUCUGGGCAUGUCAUGAUAACUUUCACAUGACCCUGGCAAAAGCAGCUUGCAAGCAAAUGGGCUACAGCAGCGUCCCCACAUUCAGCGCGGUGGACGUUGCAGACACACAGGGCCUGCCCAUCAGGGAGGUCACACUGAACAAUGGGGUCCUCCGAGGGCAAGACUCCGGCAGGCAGUGCCUCUCUGGAUCCAUCGUUUCACUCACAUGUGCCACCUGUGGAGAAAGCGUGAGGUCUCCACGUGUGGUUGGUGGGGGCCAGGCCAGGAUCCACUCUUGGCCAUGGCAGGUCAGCUUACAGCACAAAACCCAGCACCUCUGUGGGGGCAGCAUCAUUGAUCCGAGGUGGAUUCUCACAGCAGCACAUUGCUUCAGGAACAACCUGGCCCUUCAGAACUGGCGAGUGAAAGCAGGAUCCGAAAUCCUCUCCAACUUCAACACUAUCCCCGUGGAAAAGAUCUUCAUAACUGACAGUAAUUCUAUGUUCCCCAAAGAUAAUGACAUUGCCCUGGUAAAGCUGACGUCUCCCUUAAGUAUUUCAGACACGGUGAAGCCAAUCUGUCUGCCUCUUUUUGAUGAGCAACUGCCCUCUAGCGCCCCGCUGUGGGUGACAGGCUGGGGCUACACACAGCAGGAUGGUACCUUGUCCAAGUCUCUGCAGCAAGCCCAGAUCAGACUGAUUGACAGCAACACCUGCAGUGCUCUCGACGCCUACCAGGGGCACGUCUCAGAGAAGAUGCUAUGUGCAGGCCUCAUGGAAGGUGGUGUCGAUACCUGCCAGGGAGACAGCGGCGGCCCCUUGAUGUACAAUCCAGGGCACUGGCAGGUGGUGGGGAUCGUCAGCUGGGGACACGGCUGUGGCGGACGAAGCACUCCCGGCGUCUACACCAAAGUUCAGGCCUAUCUCAACUGGAUCUACACCGUCCAGAGGGCAGAGCUCUGAGGACUCCCGCAGCGGCAGCUUCCCGUCACGGCCCCUGCGUUAAACAUCUGGCUGCCCUGCUGGGAAACUACUUCCAGCCAUUGCACCUGGGACCUGCCCAUCCCUGGGUUCACGUUCUGAAGGCCCUGCACCAUGCCAUGAUUUAGCAGCGGCUCGGGGCCCCGGGGGUGGCUAAAGGGGAGCUACAAGCAGAGGCCCCCGUCACAUCCAAGGAAUUUGCCUGGCUCAGAGAGG